AUGGAAAAGCUGUGCCUUACAUUGUACUUCUCCGCAUGCAAGUUGCGACACUAUAUGUUAUCUUUCACUACUUGCAUCAUCGUUCAGACCGACUUGGUCAAGUACAUGCUAUCGCGACCUAUCCUCAGAGGCCGCAUUGGCAAAUGGGUAUUGGCCUUGUCCGAGUUCUCCCUACAAUACGUUCCUCAGAAAGCAGUAAAAGGACAGGCCAUCGCAGACUUUCUGGCACAUCACCCUACUUUGGAUAUCCCGACGGUGAGAGAGUUAGAGAUAGCACCGAUAACUAUCACCCGACCAGAUUUGGCGCUCAUUCCAGAGUACGCCAUAUGGUAUCAAGCCACAAUCUCCUUACAGCCAUGGGUAUUGUUUUUUGAUGGUUCAAGAACUGAAACAUUAGCAGGGGCAGGGACUGUUCUGGAAAACCAAGCGAGCGAUCGUUUCUCUUAUUCUUUCCAACUGGAGUUUAAGUGUACAAACAACCAAGCUGAGUACGAGGCCCUUAUUAUUGGCCUAGAAGUCUUACUGGAACUAGGGGUCAGAGAUGUUCAGGUCCGCGGCGAUUCUUUACUUGUGAUAAAUCAGCUUCAAGAAAAAUACAGAUCUGCGAGCUGCUUACUCGUCCCCUAUCUGAACCGCGCCGUUGAGUUACUGGAUCAGUUUGACGAAGUUGGUUUUGAGUACAUCCCUCGCGAGCGCAACUUCGCGGCCAAUGAGCUCGCUCAGUUGGCUACAGGCGUUACAUUGAAAUAUGGAGUUCGCGAACGCAUUCUGAAAGUUGAGCACCGCACACUUCCUUCAUGGCUCGUACUGCUUGACCCUCCUGAUGAUCCAGUCGUCGCUGCCCUCGAGCCUAUUGACGUUGAUUGGCGCAUUCCAUUGAUCCAAUACCUCAAGCAGCCAGACGAAACAGCUGACAAGAGGACUCGUUUUCUUGCCUUAAAUUACUUCCUCAGGGACGAUGAGAUGCGUCGGCGCGGGGAGGAUGGCAUAGAUUUUCGCUGCGUGUAUGACGACGAAGCAAAACGACUAAUGCGCGAAGCACAUACAGGGGUUUGCGGCGCGCAUCAAGCGGGACCUAAGAUGAGGUGGCUUAUCAGAAGACAUGGGUAUUAUUGGCCUAGCAUCUUGAAGGACUGUAUCGCUUUUGCUAAAGGAUGUCAGGACUGUCAGGCACACGCUAAACCGUUGAAGGAGGCUUCUGGUGCCACCAUUCGCCAGUUCAUCUUUCGUAACAUUAUCUGUAGGUUUGGUAUCCCCGAGGUGCUCGUUUCAGACCGGGGGGCAGCUUUCAUGGGAGGUCCUGUCGAGCAACUUGUCAACGAUUUCGGUAUCCAGUUUAUCCACAGCACUCCAUAUUAUGCCCAGUCCAACGGUCAAGCAAAAGCCAGCAACAAGAUUAUUAUUACCCUGUUAAAGAAGAUGCUGAUCGAAAACCCUCGACAGUGGCACGACACUUUGUAUGAGACACUCUUGGCUUAUCGCACCUCCAAGAGGAAUCCCACUGCUACCACACCCUAUGCACUAAUGUUUGGUCAUGAUGCAGUUUUACCCUUGGAAAUCAACGUUCAUUCCUUACGUGUGCACGAUCAGCACCACCUGAUCGGUGAAGAUUAUGUCCAGGCAAUGUGGCAAGAACACGAAGACUUAGGCGAGCAGCGCUUGGCGGCCCUGGAUAAUUUAGUAAUGGAAAAACAGCGCAUCGCCCGCGCCUAUGAUAAGCGGACACCUGGCCGCAGUUAUAAAGAAGGAGACCUUGUUUGGAAAGUUGUUUUGCCUUUUGGCGAGAAAUUGACCGGUCGCAGUAAGUGGACUCCUCGCUGGGAAGGACCCUUUGUUAUUCACUGCAUUUUGGAGCGUGGGACUUUUCAUCUCAAGGAUCUGGAUGGCGAAAUCCAUCGCAAUCCCAUCAAUGGGUGA